UGAACUCUCACUUUAGCUCCAACUUAUAGAGGGGUUUUUAAAAGACUCACCACACUUUGCAAGGAAAGAGGAGAUACGUGGCUGUCUAAAGAACAGUAAUAUAAGUAGGAAUAAGAAGGGAGGGUUUUUGUUUUGCUGAAAGUAACACUGAUAUGGUACCACACAAUGUCUGGACGGGCCAAGAAGCUAGCCAAGCCUCGGACAGCUCUCAGGAAAAACAAAAGUGCCGCUGCCGGCCUGCAGUUUCCGGUGGGGCGUGUUGCUCGGUUUCUGAGGCAGGGUAACUAUGCCGAAAGAGUAGGUGUAGGUGCCUCCGUGUACCUAGCAGCUGUCUUGGAAUAUCUGACUGCUGAGAUCCUGGAGCUGGCGGGUAACACUGCGCAUGACAACAAGAAGCAGAGGAUCGGGCCCCGGCACAUUCAGCUGGCCGUGCGGAAUGAUGAAGAGCUGAACAAAUUGUUUGCAGGAGUGACCAUUGCUGAAGAAGGGGUCCUGCCCAACAUUCACCCCCUGCUCGGUCCUAAGAAAACAGCACCCUCUGCUGCUUCCCAAGAAGAAUCAUAGGGAUCUAACUCGUCAUCCCAUUUAGUUUACUGACUGAUUUGGAAAAUGGCUUUGUCACUUGUUCAUGGCACUUUGCAGAAUCACAUUUUACUGUCUUUUUUUUAUAGUAAUAAAUUUCCACAAUGUGAAAACUUGAUUAUGGUUUGAAAUAAUGAAAAAAAUAAUGACCAAAUGGUGCAAUUAUGCCACAAAAUGAGUCCUUUUUUCAUAGCAGUUUUGCAUGUCUUAUGAUAGCUGGUGUGACAUCAUGUGCUCUUUUUCUGCAUAGUCUGCCACAGGGAAUUUAGGUUUUAGAUCAAAGCUUGGCAAUAUUUUUGUGACAACAACUUUCCAGAAUCCCCAUCCGGCAGCCAAGCUGGCUGGAUGCUUCUAGUAGCUCUAGUCCAAAUAAAUAAGUUUUCCACUCUC